UUCACUUCGACACAGCUGCUAUUUGUCCCACCACAAGAGGGCAAUAUUGCCAAUACCUCUUUGUGACUCGAAAGCAACAACUACAUGCACGUACAUUUAAAUCAUUUUUUAAAAAUCUUUUGAUGAAGAUCUCACUAAAUCUCUGACUCUGACUGAAUCUCUGAUGACUGACUGACUGAGAAUAUAUACGCUGGAGCUUUCAGUCAGUCCUGUCCAAGAAGAUUUGUUGGAUAUCUUUGUAAGACAAGAGAGUUUCCUGAAUUUUGUCAGCACAUCUAUGUGGGUUGUGGAGAAGAUCCGCGUGUCAAUGGAGAGCUCCAUCCUGCCUGUACCAUCAACAGAAUUCAGUUUUAAGAUCGGAGACAUAAUGUUUGGGGAAAAAUUGGACAAACCCAAAAGGAUUUCCCUUUUCCCAAAUGUCAUCACCCCUGACAACAUUCCAGAGUUCUGCAUCCCUCCAACUAUCCCAUCCAUGCAGGAGCUAAAGAAUUCGGACAGACCUUCCCGUCUUGUGAAACAGAGCCCCUGCGAGAAGCCCGAUACGGUGGUGACACAGCAUGAGGCCGUGAACGCGCACAUCAUCCAGGUGGAGAGUGUGGAUGAGGGCCCGUAUGAUGGCUGCAGUGACGAGGAGACGACCAACGCGGAUCCCCAGAGCCAGGCCGCCUUGUCACUCCCUCAUAUGGCCAGAGCACAGACGUGCUAUGGGUUUUGCACCUUACUAGAAAGCCCCCACACCAGGAGGAAGGAGUCUCUCUUCCAUGCCGAUCCAGGCUCCUCUCCCCUGCUGCUUCCCAGGAGCCGGUCCACAACAUGCUCCCGAGUCAACCCACCCCCUUCGUCUUCCCCUUCUUCCUUUAGCCUCAACACUCUGUCCUCCAGGCUUGCCCCGAGAGGACACAACUUCAACUGGCAGGGCACUCUGGACAGUGAUACAACAUCCUCUACAGAGUCAUCCCCGUUCAGCUCGCCCUUGCUGACCAGAUGCCCCGCCAAGUCGUCCCUCUUCAAGGCACUGAGCCAUGAACUGCUGCUGUCACGGAACAUGAGGAAGGCCAUGGUCUCCAGGAAUAAUUCCCUGUCCACAGAUGAAGGCAGCUCCACAGACAAUAGCCCCAACGUGAUGAGGAGGGCCUCAGAGGGCUUAGCAGAGGGCUUCCCCAGUUGCUGUAGACUGGCACCCCCUACUAUCUUCCCCAUGGACUUGACCCUGCACAGGGAGAGGGUAAUGAAGGAAAGAAUGGUGCCCAUUGGGAAAAACGGCAGCCUGAGACUCUCAAAUGAGUACUGCCCGGACAACCAAAGACUGCGUGUCCGACUGAUCAGCGCAGAGGGCCUGUACCCUCUCUCUGUAGAUCCCAAGAUCAUUAACUGCAGCAUCAGCCUGUCGCUGGUUCCAGGGAAAGUUCAGAAGCAACGCAGCACCGUCAUCCGAAAGAGCCGCAAUCCCAUCUUCAAUGAAGAUUUCUUUUUCGACAACAUCUCAGAGGAAGACCUCAAUAUGCGCUCCCUUCGCUUUAAAGUGGUCAACAAAAUGUCCACCCUGAAAAGAGACUAUCUGCUGGGCAGUUGUGAUCUGCCUCUUUGCACCAUUGUAACACUCUAAACCAUUCGUACU